CGGCAAUCUAUCUCCAUAUAAAUCGGAGGGAGACGCGUGAAAAACUCGUAAAGAAAUCGCAGGAAAGGAAAACAAACAGCCGAUAGUCGAGACGACAUCACCGGCGUCGUGAAACAUGCAGCAGUCCUCGGAGGACCUCAACACCGGCGGGGAGGAGUUCGUCAUCCAACCUCCGCCAACCAGAAUACCCAGCGCGGCCGAAGAACGGAAGAAGGCCGAGGAACAAGGGUUCAAACUGUUUAUGGGGAAUCUGGGACUCGAGAUCGACGAGGCCUUCCUGACGCGCGUCUUCUCCAAGUACGGAUCCUUCGUCCCCGCCUCCGCCAUCAUCAGGAGGGACAAGGACGGGAGAACCUUGCAGUACGGUUACGUCGCCUUCUCCAAGCACGAGGACGUGGUAGCAGCAUACGACCAAUUCAAGGACGGCUACAUGGGGAGUUCUGGCCGGGUCAGGCUAUCAUGGAGCCCCGAUUAUACAGGGACGUGGAAGAACCUGACACAAGCACAGCUGCAGGAAAGGAUAGAAGCGCGGAGGAGGGAGUCCAGGGCAGCUGUGCCCUGGUGAAGGAAGCUAAAUUAUGGGUCCCCGGUGAUCCGGCCCGCCGGUCAAGUGCUCUGUUUGUAUAUGGUGUCAGUAUCGGUCGCUCUGGAAGUCUGGAUCUCUUUGUAGCAUAGUUUGAAGAACUGAACCAGUGAUCGAACUGGUGGAAAUCUCGGUUCAGGAUUUUACCGAUCGAACCAUCGGUUGAUCGGUUCAAUGUCCGGUUUUUUAAGAUAUAAAAUACUCCCUCCGAUCCUAAA